AUGACAAUUGCCAACUCGAUAGGACAUGGUCAUGUCUCAUCACCAUUGGAACAACAUAUUGAUCAGGUGAAGCAAUCGGUCAAUGCUCAUAUGCAAGCAUCAGUUGAACGUGUACAGAAUAUAGAGAAGGAACAACAUGCAUUCUUACAGCCAUUCGAAGUAACAACAUAUAGACACUACAUUUGUAAAGAUGUUGAAGAUACAUUGAUACAAUGUCUGCGAAAGGAGAAUGACCAAUUGAACUGUCACGAGGCAAUGAACUCAUACUCAAAGUGUAUAUUCGAUCAAUCAAGCAGGCAGAAA